AUGGCGGCUGUUUCUGAUGUCUUACCACUGGUAAUAUCGCUUAUGCUUCUUAUUGCAUCAAUUCUACUCAACAGCAUGGGUGUUUACUUACUUAGCAACUAUGGUAACAAAACAAGUAAUCAACGAAUAAUUAUGAUUCACUUGAGCGGAACAGAACUUGCUCUGGCGACAACAGAGAUAGUCUAUUGGUCUUUUGUGUGGGCUGGACACGAAGAAGAAACAUCCGCCAUCUUGCAAUCUAUUGUUAUUAUAAACGCGGGAAUAUUUGGAACGUACUAUCUCGUACUCAUUGCUCUUACUUUAGACCGACUUUUAGCAAGCGUUUUGACUAUAAGACAUCUCACGAUCUGCUCGAAACCACGAGUGAUUAAAGCACUUUUGGUAGCCUGGGUAUUAGGUUUGACUUCGUCUGUACCAUUUUUCAUAGUCGAGUUUGAAAACAUUUACGAUAUCUACUAUAAAGUAAAUUUCCUUUGUUUGGACACGAUAUUUCUGUCAUGCGCCAUUAUAACAUAUUCAUAUAUCCUGGCUCAGAUUCUUAAAAGACGACGAAAAUUACGUGACCAAGCUUUGUCGUCGACAAAUCAUUCGAUCAGUUUAACAGGUCAAUCACAAUACUACAAAGUUACGACAUUUAUUAUCGUGUCUUUUAUAUUCUUAGUCGCGAUUCCCGACAUCGUAUAUAUUCAUCGGUUUAUUAUCACGGAAGUCGGUUCAACGAUUGAAGAGAGUAUUAUCGAAAUCGUUUGGCAGCUCAAUUUUUUGGUUGAUCCAGUGAUUUAUAUAUUUUGCCAGAAAACUUUGAUAAAAGGUUUCUUCAAAACCUUGCGCAAACUUGGAUGGAAACGACAAAGUCAACGAAUUGGCACCGAGAUAACUACAAUACGAGGUUCGGCGUGUUAA